AUGGUACCAGUCAAUGGUUGGCAAGGCCAAGAAUUAAUUCUGGAAGAGCUGCGAAACAACCCGGCCAAAAACACUGCAAUUCUGAUGCUCGACCCAGAUGUCCGUAUUUCUGACUUAUUCGUAAGUCCAGCAAUUGACUAUUCAAGCGGUCCGUUCUGGGUGUAUAUCUACCUAGUCGAAAAGAUUGUUUCUCUCGAAGAAUCCGCUAUUGGCAAGGAGACCAUGCUUGACGGGCCACGAAAAACGCCACAGGCAAAAUUUCAAUAUUUGCAUGAUGUUGCUCUACAUGCGAUUCACGUCGCUGAAACGCUUAAUGUCAGCACCCAGACACUAGAGCACAUCCUGGCAUAUCAUCACGACUACCUCGAGCUGAAAGAUGCAAAAUCGUCGGGAACAGACCGGAUCCCUCACUCCUGGGAGGAUAUUCACUCCCAAUUGUCAUUCCUUCGGAGUUAUCUCAAUAGCAUGAGACACCGCUCAACAUCGCUGGAAAAGAGAUUGCAAAACGAGAUACAGCAAAAAUACAACUUUGUAGCGCAAGAAAGUGCACGUCUCGCGAGACUGGAUAGUGCUACCAUGAAAAGAAUUAUCCAGGUGACCCUCAUUUUUCUGCCUCCGACAUUUAUCUGCGCACUUUUCAGCAUGUCUUUCUUCAAUUACGGUGCUGAUUCAGGGUGGCCAGUUUCGAACCAUUUCUGGAUCUAUUGGGCUUCCGCUAUACCUACAACUCUGGUUACAGUCCUCGUAUGGCAGAUUUUUAGCACAACAGUCCCAUCCAAUCGGGUGAAGACAGAGCAUGACCUUUCCCUCUCU